AUGGCUUCUUCUUAUAAUUACAGCACAUCCAGUUCUGAAGUCGGAACUCCAUAUACUCCUAGAUCUUCUUCUCCUACUUAUUCAGUCGCAAGUCGUUCUUCUUCUACCACCAUCAGUAAACGCAUCUCUAUUUCGACAAGUCGGAGAAAUACAGCUAUGAAUCCCAUAGGUGGCAUUGAUAUUGCUGCCAUUGAAGCGGCCAUGAAGCAAUCUUCUCUUGACCAUUUGAAAGGUUAUAGUCAGACGAAUUAUCCAACGGUUACUCAAUCCAAUGAUACCGAAUAUAUCUCUCAAGAUGCCGCCAAAGGAUAUCAGGUUCUUCGUGAGCCUGCAUGGAAUAAAGGUACCUCCUUUACUCCCGAAGACAGAGUCAACAAAAACCUUACUGGUCUCAUCCCUCACGUCCUAGAGAGCCUCGAAACACAAUGUAUCCGAGCCAUGCGAAUGAUCAAUAAUCGAGCAACCCCCAUCGACAAAUAUCUCUACCUCUCCAACAUCAAAGCCCAAAAUACAGAUCUUUUCUACCGUCUCUUAAUCGAUAAUAUCGCUACUCUCAUGCCCCUCGUCUACACCCCCACAAUCGGCGAUGUCUGUCUCCAGUACUCCACAUUAUACACUCGUCCAGAAGCAUUAUAUAUUUCCAUCAAGCAACGCAAGUCCAUGACCACCAUUUUGAGAAAUUGGCCAUAUCCAGAUCCUUCAAUUUGUGUCGUGACCGAUGGAUCACGCAUUCUCGGUCUUGGCGAUCUCGGUAUUGGUAAACUAGCCCUCUACACCGGAGCAGCCGGUAUCCAUCCCGAAAAAACCCUCCCCAUCGUCCUCGACUGCGGCACCGCCAAUGAAGAAAAUCUCCGCGACCCCCUCUACCUCGGUCUCCGCAUGAAGCGACCCGGCCCCGAAGUCGAGCAGCAAUUCAUGGAUGAAUUCAUGGCUGCCGUCAAAGAAGUCUACCCCCAGAUGCUCGUCCAAUUCGAAGAUUUCGAAUCCGAAAAGGCAUUCAAGUAUCUCGAUCGAUACAAGGGCGAAAAAAUGUUCAACGAUGAUAUUCAAGGCACAGGAGCGGUCGUCUUAGCUGGAUAUAUUGGCGCAGUCAAUCUCUCCGGAGUCCCCAUCGAAGACCAGAGAUUAGUAUUUAUGGGCGCGGGCUCCGCUGGUGUCGGAGUCGCAAAACAAGUCAUGGAAUACUACACGCGUCGCGGACUCUCUGAAAAAGAAGCCCGUGACAAAUUCUGGCUCGUCGAUACCAAAGGCCUCGUCACCACCGACCGCGGCGACAAAUUAGCCGCGCAUAAGAAAAUCUUCGCGAGAGAUGAUAAUAAUGGUCAUCAAUUCCAAACCUUAGAAGAAGUCAUCGAGUAUGUGAAACCGACGGCGUUGAUCGGGUUAACGGCUACUUUUGGCGUUUUUACAGAAUCGGUGGUGAGAGCGCUGAAGGUGAGUGUGGAUGCGGGCGGAUUGGGACGAAGACCUAUUCUCUUCCCGCUCAGCAAUCCCCUCACGAAAGCAGAAUGUACCUUCGAACAAGCAAUUACUUGGACCGAGGGAACCGUAAUUUUCGCAUCCGGAUCCCCCUUCUCGCCGGUGACGAUCAAACAUUCUGAGUCCCCCUCGGAAAACUCAACAACGUACUACCCCAAUCAGGGCAACAACGUGUAUGUCUUCCCGGGACUGGGACUCGGAGCGAUCUUGGCCAAGGCCUCGAGAGUCACAGAUGCAAUGGUGUAUCAGAGUGCGGAAGCGUUGUCGGGAUGUUUGAAUCGGGAGGAAUUGAUGAUGGGACUUAUUUAUCCGAAGAUUGAGCGGGUGCGCGAUGCGAGUGUGGUGGUUGCGAGGGAGGUGAUGAAGGCGGCGAGGAGAGAGGGGGUUAGUGAGUUGAGUGAGGAGUGUUGGGCUGUGUGGGAGGAGUGGGGUGAUGUGGCGUUGGAGAAUUGGAUUAGGAAACAGGUUUAUGAUCCCCGGUGGUAG